AUGUCCACAACAACAACAUCUACAUCAUCAUCAACACCAACAACAUCAGUAAAACAAAAAUUUAAAUAUUUAAUAGUUUUAGAUUUUGAAGCAACAUGUGAAAAAGAUGUUAAAUUUCCAAAUCAAGAGAUUAUAGAAUUUCCAAGUGUUAUAAUUAAUACAGAGACAUUAGAAACGGUUUCAACAUUUAGAGAAUACGUUAAACCAAUAAUUAAUCCAAACUUAAGUAAAUUCUGUACAGAAUUAACAGGUAUUAAACAAGAAACUGUUGAAAAUGCAGCUUUAUUUCCAGACGUUUUAAAAAGUCAUUGCGAUUGGUUCUUUGAAAGUUUACCAAAAGAUAUUCAAUCUGAUGAAUACUGUUUUGUUUGUUGUGGUGAUUGGGAUCUUUUACAAUGUUUACCAAAACAAUUAAAACUUUGUAAUAAUUUAUCAAAACCAUCAUACCUAUCAAAAUGGAUCAACAUAAAAAAACAAUACACUCUUUUCUAUAACCGACCUUCCUUCGGUAUGACAAACAUGUUAAGAGAAUUAAAUAUUCCAUUAGAAGGUAGACAUCAUUGUGGUCUCUCUGAUUCCUUAAAUAUUUCUAAAAUUUUAAAAAGAAUGAUUGAAGAAGGUUGUAAUUUUGAUUUAGUUUCAACAAUGAAAUCAGUAAAAUAA